AUGGAUGAGUACAUGAUUGACAGUGAAGAUGGCAUGCUGCCAGUAAGAGUACUCAACAAUUGGGCACUAUAUAAUUCAGAUUCCAGAUUCAUGUCUUUGGGGCUCAUCCCUGUUAAACCAGGUGUUGUAAAUGAUACUGUCAUCUUUGGGUCUAGUUGUAUGAGAGACGAUGAUGGUACUUUCUGUUCAACAGCUGAGCCAGCGGAGUUAUCUUCUUCCUCGAGUAAAUCUGACCAGGAAGAUCAAGGGAUUCCAAUUUAUCUAAGUCCAAUCAAGUAA